AUGAAGGUAGCAAUCAUCGGCGCGGGCCCAAGCGCCCUCGUCACCGCCAAAACCCUUCUCGAGGCCUCUUACUCCGACCCCACCUUCCAACCCUCGAUUACCAUCUUCGAAUCUCAAUCCGACAUCGGCGGCACAUUCCGUUACCGCACCUACUCCAACGCCACCCUCGUCUCUUCCAAACAGCUCACCUCCUACUCCGACUUCCGUCUCCCCCUCGAACAUAAAGAUCAUCUUACACUCGCAGAAUACGUUCAAUACCUCGAAGACUACACCACACACUUCAAGCUUAGGGAAAGAUGCGAGUUUCGUAUGCGAACCAAGGUGAUCAAAUCUGCCAAACUUGAUGGGGGGCAUCUCUUGCGCUAUAGGUCUCUGGAGCAAGGCAAUGAGGGGGCGCAAGAUCAAUCCGAGCUAUUCACCCAUCUUUGUGUUGCUUCUGGCUUGCAUGUUACUCCUGCGCUGCCCAACAUUCCCGGCUUGCCGCCGACGAUCGAGGCGGAUCAGAAGGUGACCAACUGGAUGGGAUCAGAGGAGAUGGUCGCUUCUCGUAUCCCAGAGCCAGUAGAGCAUGCCAAGGAUGCUUCGCAGAUCAUUACUCUCCAUUCGUCGCAGUACAAAGACCGCUCCUUGUACCGCGCCAAGAGAGUCAUGAUUCUCGGCACGGGUGAAACAGGAAUGGACAUGGCAUAUGAAGCUGUCAAAGCUGGUGCAAAGGAGGUUGUCCUUUGCACCCGUUCCGGCUUCCUCCUCUUCCCUGCCGUAUUGGCUGAUUUCGUCGUCUUCGGUAAUGUAUUCGACGGGAAUCUACCCAUCGAUGGCUUGAUCACCAACCUGUUCGAGACUGCAUACGUUCAUCCCUGGGUAGCAGGUGCUCAUUUGCGCUGGUUCCUCUCCGACUUUGUCAUCAAGCGCCUGCUCUGGUGUCUCACCGGCACACAAGCAGGCUGCAACCAAUGGGUCGGAGAACUCGAACCGCAUCGAUUGGGCCGCGCGUACACUUUCCUCAAUAAAUCCAGCAAAGCAAUGCCUUACAUCAACCGAGGAUGGAAGAAACGGAAUCGCUAUCUCGAGAAAAUCACAAGCUACCUCGACCCACCCACAGUCAAACCCGAAGAAGUAUCCGUCGACCUCGCACCCUUCCCCGCCCGAGUUUGCCAAGAUGGCACAGUAGAAUUCCUCCGCAAUGGCCGCAAGGAGGAUCUCAGAAUGCGCAACCGAACAGUCAAACCCGAUGUAGUCGUCUACGCUACAGGAUACACCCAGCAAUUCGACUUUUUAUCCAAAGAAUAUCCAGUACCAGCCACCGUUCGAUGUCGAGAUGUGUUCGAUCCCGAGGACCCUACCGUUGCAUUUAUUGGCUUUGUCCGUCCCGGCGUUGGAGCUAUUCCACCAAUUGCUGAGAUGCAAGCUCAACUUUGGACCCUCAUCUUGCGGAAUAAGAUUCCCGCCCCGCUGUCUACCCCGCACUACUACCUGUUGGUGAAGGAGAAUGCAAGGAUCAAGUAUGGUGUCGAUUACUCUUCCUACGUUUCCACCUUGGCAAGGGAUAUGGGUAGUGCUCCCGGGUUGGUAGAGUUGUGGUGGCAGUAUGGAUGCAAGGUUACGCUGAUCUAUUGUUUCGGUGCGGCAUUCCCGACAUUUUACAGGUUGUGCGGUCCGUAUAAGCAUAAGGAUGCAAAGAGAAUUGUGGAGACGGAGAUUUAUGAUACGAUUCGGAGGAGAGGGGUGGUAGGCAACCUCAUCAUGGGUCUCAUCCCUAUGAUCUUUUAUGCAUGGAUCAAUUUGACAGCUUACAUCCUGGAGAUGGUUUAUAACGCUCUUUCGACUCUCACUAGGCCCUUUUCACCGUCAGUGAAGGGGAAGAGCUUGCAAACGGAGGGCUGCAUGAAAGCUAGAAGGUUUCAAAGCGAUUUCGAACCUCUCAAUCCCUCCGCCGCCCCUGUGGAGGUGAACGGAGUCAAGGGGGCGGGGCAGCAAGGAAAAGGCAGGAUGCUGCGAUUGUUUGCGUUGCUAACAGCAGUAGUAGCAAUGGUAGGCCCAGGAGGAGUGGAAGCGAACACAGAGAUCCAAAACUUUGGUCCAGUCUUGUGCAGAGCAGACGAGUAUGGUCAUUUGGCUGCAAAGGCUGCUGAUCAACUUUCUUCCACUUGGCCUGUCAUUCGUCCCUCCUCAACACCGUCAAUAUUCUCCAUCGUCCCCUCUCCACCCUCCGCUUCAAACUCCACCGGCGCGUGGUUGACGCUUGAUCUAUCGAACAACAACCAAUUUACCCUGCCCUCUCCUCGCGACGCCGCUUUGUACUUGGACCUAAACCCCCGCGAUCGAUGGGUACGACAAACGAUCGAUUCUGUAGCUUGGUUCUUUACGAAACGGUUCGCUGUUCGGAGUUCUAUCGCGGCAAACCUGGCGUUGGACGGGGAACUGGAGAUAAUGGGUGUUGAACAAGUCUUAAAGUGGGGUGGGGUUGAGUGGAAGGCUGAGUUGGUCGACGCGCAACCUAUCCAAUCUGAAGGCAGCCGAGCCGAGCGGAGGACGAUGAUUGAGCGAGUGCCGAAUCAUGCGAUUGUGACUAGUGUUGUGCCUAGGCAGACUGCUGCACCCCAAUCACCAGAAAAGGCUAAAGAAAGUGGUGGUGGCGAUAUCGUGUUCAAACAGACCCGAGGGUCCAAAUUGAAAGGGGAAAUACUGGCUACUGAAACGAUCACUCUUAAUAAAGACGAGAGUAGUGCUCCCCGCUUUCCGUGUCCUAAGCUUUAUCUCCAUUUCAAGGUUCGAGAGAGUGGGGUCAGCAUUCCUCCCGUAGGCGGUCUUGAGGGGGUGCAGGUGCAGGGGAUGUGGCAGGUGUUGUUCAGAUUUGCAGAGACGGUGUUUGGAGGCCUUGCAUCAAGCCGAGGAGAAAAGGAAGGCGAGGAGCAAGUGGCGGGAACAACACCGAUUCACAUCACGUUGGAAAGGUUGUAUCUGGGUCGAGUACCGGCGACUGCGCUUGGUGCUGGAUGGUUGCUGGUCGUAGCAGCUGUCAUUGGCUGGUUGGGGAUUCGGCCUUUGUUGGAAGCGUCACUGCCGAAGCUUUCAAAGGGCGAGAAAGACGAGUAA